CUAGGUGGGAGGGGCUUAUGCUCUCUGUCAAUCACAGUCACACUUGCCAAUCGUCUGUGAGCUCAUGUAUGUGGAAGAUGACGGAUAGCACAUUCUUCUGCUGCAGUAUGAGCAGCACUUCCAGAACAUGAGGUUGGCUGGCUUCGUGUGUCUCAGAGGAAGCACGUGUUAACCCUUACUCUCCCCGGUGUCAGGGAUUGGAUGAAACCCAACCCCUUGUUUGGGAACGUCUGGAUUAGCUUCAACAUCUUAAACUCCAGAAGAUAAUUAUGGAUGGUUCUUUACUUCUUUACUUACAUUUCACUAUAUUGCACUAUUUUCCGGAUAAUGAGAUUUAAGGUUUGGAGAUAUAAGGGAGUGCAAGAACCUUAAAUGUUCCCCUCUAUAACAUUAAAGUAUUAUAUUCUGAUUUGUGUUCCUGAAAGAAAAGAAAUCAGAGUAAUCACAUAUACACAUACACACGUACACAUGUGCCACCAACCCUAAAUUAGAUUAAGGUUUGGGUUUUGCCUGGGUUGUUCUAGCACUUCCAGUGUAGCCUUGGCGGUACAUUUAGGGUUGUGGUCCUGUUGGAAGAUGAAGCUCCGCCCCCAAUUUCAAGUCUCUUGCACACUGGAACAAGUUUUUUUUCUAGAAAUGCCCAGUAUUUGGCUCCAUCCAGUUUCCCAGUCCCUGCUGAUGAAAAACAUCCCCACAACAUGAUGCUACUACCACCGUGCUUCAUCGUGAGGAUGCUGUUCUCAGGGUGACUGGCACUUUCUGCCAAGGUCUAAACAUUUUUUUUUGGUCGAUUGUGGUCUCAUCAGAACAGAGAACCUCUCCACACAUGCGUUUUGCCAAACUCCAGAUGGGAUUUUUCAUGCAGCUGCUUUUUCUUCAAAGCCCAGCUUUCUGGCUUGUCAUGGCUAUGGUUAUGGAUCUCUUCAGCUUCUUCAGAGUUGUCCUUGCUCUCUUGGUUGCUUCUCUGACUAAUCCCCUCUUUACAUGAUCAAUGACAUUUGAUGGACACCUCCCUCUAGACACGGUUAUGUCAUAUUCUUUACUUUUUUUUUUUAAAUAAUGGAUUUAAUCUUCACUUCACAAGAUGUUUAAAGUCUGCAAUAUGCUCUUUAUAUUUAAACCAAAACUGAUGUAUUUGUAUUUGUAGAACUUUGUCCUGGACUUCUUGUGAUUGCUCCUUGGUCUUUUUAUGAUGCUUAGGUGUUUGUUUAGGUGAAAAACUGUGGGUUGCUUGAGAAACAGGUGUAUUUAUACUGAGAUCAUAAAUUGUAUGACUUUUGAUGGUUAUUAGGAUAGAAGGAAAUCGAAGGAUAGAAGGAACGUUGCGACAUUGGAAAGGGAAUAAGAAAACAAGCUUGUCAAACCAUGAAAGGAGGAAACUGUGAACACAAUAAGAACAAAAACAAGGAAACAAAGAGAUGAGAGACACUGGAAAGGGAACCGUGAUCAAUUUUGUAGAUUGUAGAAUGAAAAAACCUGAAAAAUAACUAACAUGUAUCAGUUCCAUCAGUAUAAAAGGUUCAUUGGUCAUCGGGGUGAUGGUGGGGGUUUGAUAGCAGACGGGUGGAUGGUGGGGUAAAGCUGGCCUUGAUGAUAUUAAUCACCAUAUUAAGCCUUUGACAUUUCUCCAUGAACGGUGAAUGCUGUUUUUGCAUUGAUUGACGUGUCGCUCAUUCGCACGUCAUUAGACUUACAGGCUGCUCACCUGAUUUGCGUCCUGCUCUGGUAUAAAUACGCCGAGUUCCACACACCCUCAUACACUCACACACACACGCACUCACACACACACACCCACACACACAUGCUCCACUGCACUGCACAGAAGGAGUACUAGAAGUCCAGCCGUCUCUCUUCAUCACUAUGUGCGUCCUGUGGAGAAACAGACUUGUGAUGUCGGUGUUGUCUGUGUUGCUGUUUUUCCUCGGUUGUGAUGCUCAGUUGCAUAACGAAGCGCAAAGCAGCAAAUUAGUGUAUGCACGUGGAAACCACUGGGCUGUGGGACACCUGAUGGGUAAGAAGAGCAUAGACGAGACGCUGGGCUCGGACAACCAUGAUGUCGAAGCUCAGGCUUAUUUAAUCACAGCCGAAGCCGACACACACACACAGCCGUCCAACCUGCUGAAGGCUCUCAUCAAGGCUCUUUCUGGACCAAAGAAAGAGACAGAAGACGAGAGGGAAAGACGAGAGCUUUCAAUGGAACUGAGGAGGCGGUGGGAAGAACAGCUGGCAAGAGAAAGGGAGGUCAACCAGGCAGCAAGGUUAUUGUUACUGGCGUUAAACAAGAGAGACACAGAUGCCAGCUGAAGACCAGUGUCAGGCCUGAUCUAUAAUCAGAGAUCCUGCAGUUGGAAGCAGCUGAGAAACGGCGGCGCUGCGUCACAGUCGACUCUGUUAGAAAAUAAACACCUAAAUCUCACUGUCUGUUCAUUCUGCACCACAUCAGCUCACAAAUAACUUCUAUUUUGUUUUUUUGUAAGUUAAUCUAAUUAUAUGCCGUUGUUUUAUAGGCCAACAUAUAUAAUUACGUUCUUCUGAACUGUUUGUGUGACUGAUGUUUUGUCAAAUGUCUUCAAUAAAGUCCUGAAAUAAACCUCGUGGGAUUUAAAUACACCAAUGUGCACACAAACCGAGCGGUAUUAUACUCAUUAUUAAACACUUAUUAAAGACUGAACACGUUUUAGAAUGUAGGAUCUCAGUAUGAGAGAUUUUUCUGAUUAUUUCAAAAACCCAAAACAGAUGCAUGAGGGAUUAAAGGAGUCACAGUAAAUAUAUAGUGAAAUGAAACACUCAGGAAAAUAAUCAACGAUGUGAGGAGUUACAGUUACUCCCACACUGUUGAGCACGUUCCUAUAAUAACAGCUUUAGCCUGAAGUGAUGUGUUCCUCUCAAACUACAGCAAUUUCGCAUCGAUUAUGAUUAUUUAUUCGUUAUAGGUUUUUUUUUUACAAAUCCAUUUAUAGUUAUAUUUAAUGCCAUGGAACAUCAGCAAAACAUUAGUUUCUGUUGUCCAGGGUGUACAGUACAGUGGCAUCACAAGCCUCACACCCAGGGUUCCCAGGAUAGACUCCGGAUCCUCCAUGAUCUGGGCCAAAGUGCUUAGAGAAAGUGGAUGAGAGUGAGUGACUGAGUGAGUGACUGAG